AUGAACGCCCUCCACGCCCGCAUUGCCGAGUCGGUGGGCUUUGACGCCGUUUAUAUGACCGGCGCCGGCACCUCAGCCGAAAAGGGCUUCCCCGACGUGGGGAUGCUCACCAUGACGGAAAUGGUUACCAACGACAAGUACAUCGCCAAUGCGGUGGACAUUCCGGUCAUCUGCGACGCCGACACCGGCUACGGCAACGCCCUGACCACCCAGCGCACGGUGCGGGAGUAUGAGGCCGCCGGCGUGGCCGGUAUCCACAUUGAAGAUCAGGCGUUCCCCAAGAAGUGCGGUUUCUUCGAGGGCAAGCAGGUGGUGCCCAUGGAGGAGCACGUGCAGAAGAUCCGUGCCGCCCUGGACGCACGACGGGACCCUGAUUUCGUUAUCAUUGCGCGCUGUGACGCCUACGCGGUUACCGGCUGGGAAGACACUGUUCGCCGUUGCAAGUCCUACCGCGAGGCUGGCGCCGACCUCGUCUUCGUGGACGGUAUCAAGUCAGUGGAGGACCUGGAAAUUUAUGCCCGCGACCUGCCCGACAUGCCCCGGAUGUACAACGGAGAUCUUGCCAACACCAGGGACGUGGACGCCAUGGGCUACAAGCUGAUGAUCUGCGGCAGCACCAUCUGGCUGAUCUACAAGCAGUUGAAGGCGUCCUUUGAGGAGCUAAAGGAAACGGGACGGGUGGACCCGGAAAGGUUUGGUACCCGCUGGGAUGUGGCAGACCUGCUAGGCCUGGACGAGGUUUACGAGCUGGAACGCAAGUACAGCGCUGAGUAA